AGGGAUUUGGGGACCUUCCAAUUACUUGGAUUCUCAUCAUUCACCCAUUGGCCCAACCGUAGUUCACUGUUGAGGGGGACAUAUUCUCCACUCCACUCCUAUAUAUACGCAGUUAACGCAUUCGGUUCGGCCACUUAGCCAUGGCUUCCACGUACGUUAAACAAGCGAUAGGUGAACUCGACAAGGACUCCUUCGUGAGCCUCCUCUCGAAGCUCAUUGGCGAAGCCAAGUACGUCCAGAACAAUCCCCCGGAGCUGAUCCCUGAGGAGGACAGGGUGGUCAAGCAUGUCUUGGACGUCCUCCUUCCCUACAGUACCACCAGGGGAGGACCUCUGCUUGUCAACCAUGUUACCUAUUAUCCAAGCAGAGGCAACGUGAUUGUGGAGUACCCUGGAACUGAGCCUGGGAAGAUCUUGUCCUUUGUGGGAUGUCACAUGGACGUGGUCACUGCUAAUCCUAAUGAUUGGGAAUUUGAUCCUUUCUCAUUGAGCAUCGAUGGGGAUAAACUUCGAGGCCGGGGAACUACUGAUUGUUUGGGGCAUGUUGCCCUGGUAACCGAACUCAUGAAGAGGCUAGGGGAGACAAAACCCAAACUGAAAUCAACUGUAGUUGCUGUCUUUAUAGCCAAUGAAGAGAAUUCUGCCAUUUCAGGCGUUGGUGUGGAUGCACUUGUGAAAGAUGGACUGCUCAAUAAGUUGAAGGAAGGCCCACUGUUUUGGAUUGACACAGCAGAUAAACAACCUUGCAUUGGUACCGGUGGCAUGAUACCUUGGAAACUUAAAGUGACUGGGAAGCUUUUCCACAGUGGCUUAGCACACAAGGCUAUAAAUCCUUUGGAGCUAGCAAUGGACGCACUCAAAGAGAUCCAAUCACGGUUUUAUAGGGACUUUCCUCCCCAUCUUCAGGAGCAGGUCUAUGGAUUUGCAACUCCUUCAACCAUGAAACCAACCCAGUGGAGUUAUCCAGGAGGUGGGAUCAAUCAAAUUCCAGCUGAGUGUACAAUUUCGGGAGAUGUCAGGUUAACUCCCUUCUACAAUGUGAAGGAUGCAAUGAACAAGCUACAAGAAUAUGUGGAUGACAUUAAUGACAACAUGGAGAAGCUGGAUUCACGUGGUCCUGUUUCAAAAUAUGUUCUGCCUGAUGAAAACCUGCGGGGAAGCCUUACAUUAAGUUUUGAUGAGGCAAUGUCUGGAGUUGCAUGUGAUCUUAAUUCACGUGGCUUCCAUGUAUUGUGCAAAGCAACAGAAGAGGUAGUUGGGUACGUAAAGCCUUACUCGAUUACUGGAAGUUUGCCACUCAUUCGUGAACUGCAGGAAGAAGGAUUUGAUGUGCAAACUGCAGGCUAUGGUUUAAUGGCCACAUACCAUGCCAAGAACGAGUACUGUCUUCUUUCAGAUAUGUGCCAAGGCUACCAAGUCUUUGUCAGCAUCAUCUCUCAAUUAGAAGAUUCUGUGAAAUGAUAUGUGCUAAUGAUAAAACCAAAUAAUGGCGCUUGACUCUGUUUUGGACAGAUUAGUGAUUAUAUGAUUGUCCAAACUUGUUUACGUUAUUGGCCUGCUAUUGCAAAGUGAGCUACCAACUGUGCAAUAUGCCAAUAUGCCUGUUUUUCUGAUC